AUCCUGGGCAAUUUCCUCUUCAUUUUCUUGUAUGCAAUGCAAGAUAAUUCACGACAGAGCGCAAAGCUCGUAAAAAGAAGACCUGUACCUUCUCCCUGUCGUGAAAGACAGCUCUCUACAACCCGACCCUCUGGGGAUACCCCGGCUCUGUCUACAUUGAAUACCAGCGAAGUCAACGAAUCCUAUUCCACCAUGCCUUCAAAUAGUUUGUCCCCCCCUGACAAGGAGAAGAAGUCGAAAUGGCGCCUUUCGAGCCCAUUCCACUUCAAGGACAAGGAGCAGAAAGAUACCCAUGAAUCUACAGGAGAUUCAGCGUAUGGGGGUAGCGAAGCGAACAAUAGCUCCACCUCACAUUCAAACGGCAGUGGAAUACCCAGUUUUUCAAGUAGCGAAAGGAGUAACUCUCAACGCCCUGUAAAUGACGAGAUGCAUCUAAGUCAGUUACGCCCUCCCCUAGCGAACGUUCAAGCGCCAAAGACAAGCAUCACCCCUCCGACUCCUCCACCACAACCUCAAGAACGGCCUCCUACGCAGAUGGUCAGCCGCCCAACAGACCAAGAGAACAUAUCGAAAGAGACUUACCACGAUGAGAAGACUGGGAACGUCGUCACUACGACCACCACUACCACAACGACUACUACAACGACUACUGGUCCGGGGGGGUCCACAACGGUUCAAGUGCCCUCUAGCGGGGGCGGUAAUGAGAAUGUGUCUGCUCUAGCAAACAUUACAAAUACCACAGGGCCAAGUCCACCAUCUCCAGACCCUCCCAUUCCGAAAACACAUCAACUACAAAGUCCUACACAACAUGUGCCGAGUCACACAAAUCCCUCGCCACCAUUACCAGCUAGGAGUAAUAUGCGCGAUAGGGCAGAGCUAGAUUCCCAUUCUCCAGCUGUCGAACAAUCCAAUCCAAUACCUAUUAGUCCUACUAGUCCCACACGAGCGAACUUCUCCUACCCUUCACGGACACCCCCCACAGGGGCCCCUCGAAAUGUUCCGGCUGAGCGGAUGUAUUCGCCGCAGCCAGGAGAGCAUUUACAACUGCACCAGCCCCAUCACCAAGUCGUGGAUGGCGAACCGUCGAACGCAGAAUAUCCGGCAGCAUUGCGGCCUGGCCAACCCCCUCAACAAGGUCAACCUCAACACAAACUGUCGACAUUAGCAAAUCUAAAAACUGCUGCUGCCGGUAUACAUGGAGCUGGGGAGACCCUCCGUGGUACUCUUAAUAACACGAUCGAUAGACAGUUCGCGAAACCAACUUCCAACAUACAUGCCAAGAACGAAGCCACUAUCAAUGCAGGCCAUUCUGAAAUUGAGACCGGGAGGUUUUCCCGUAACCAGCCACCAACAGCCCCAACUCAACGGCAGCCAGCUAUGCAGCCUGAGGAGAACCAACCAUACGGCUAUACUGCGAGUGUUACGGGGCCUGGAGAUACACAAUCUAGAGGAAAGUGUGAAGGACGCCUAGGGAGUUUCGUGAUGAAGAUGAAGCAAGGUCCGCUGAACUCUGAGAGAAUUGAUGGUAAGGCUGGAAAGCUGAGGGUUGUAAAUGAGUAAUUCCUCGGUUUAAGAAUGAUGUCAUCGAGGUGUUGGAUUGGUUGUACAACAUGAAAUGACAAUAAUAGGUUGAGCUAUGACUUUGCGGAUUUUUGUAUAUAUUGGUCGGUAAAUAGGGGUAGUGGAGAAUACAAUUGGAUAUCUUACGACUGACAGAAGGUACUCAGGGUGUCAGAGGGGUGAGGCGAAUU